AUGUGCGGCUUCACAUGCAUUACAUACAGCGAGUGCGCCCAUACCGCGCUCUCAACGAAGCCCGAGCACACCUCUCUUUGCUUUAACGCGAAAGAAAUACACUUGGUUCAAGGUGUCGACUGUGCACCCGCCAACUGUGUCCCGACUGACGACACAGAAACCCCGAUUGCCGCCGAGAAUACUAUCUUUGAUUACUGCGAUGACUGCCGAGCCGAAGCACGCGCUGCUAAACCGAUUGAGCGCGGUGAGAUGGAUGACAUAGUGCAGGCUCGUGCACAUGCAAAGGACGAGGACCUAGGCGUUUAUGAUGAAGAAGAGACUGAGCGACUGCGAAAUCUGGCCACUUACCUCGAAGAGAAGCAUGCUACUGGCCUGGAGGUUACUCAACAGCUCAAAACUUUGUCGUCAAUUCCGACCAUUCUUGCUCUCAUCACAGACCCCGAGCUUCGCGCCCUUCUGUGCGCACCAGACGUGGAGAAGCACUUCACUACCUUCAAGUACUGUUCCGAACUCUUUCCAGUCAUGGGCAGUUACAUCCAGCAGCGCGCCCCAAACAAGCUGUUUGUGGAGACAUUCGUAUACCUGAGCGAUAGAGCAAAGAAGGCAACGGCGUUGCUGGAAUGUUUCCAAAUCGUUCUCGAGUGCGUCCUCAACUAUGAGCCGUCCCGACCGGAAGAGCACUUCAACGGUAGCGAAGCCCGAUUAGAGUUCUUUGGCAAUAUGCUCAAGUGUAUGGUUACUGGUAGGGAUCUUGAAGUCCCUCCGAUCGCCUUCCAUUUUCACGAGAACAACUUUAUCAUUCCCAAAGCCACCCUUCAGCAGCUUGAACAGGAUCAAGACGUGCCGCAAGCUUACACCGAGAAAAAGGAGAAGAACUCGGAGAUGAAACCAUCGCGGAAGGAGCGUGGCAUUCUGAACAUACACCACCUGGCGUUCGAUCCUGAGUCACUGAAAGGACUAUUGGACGACGAACCGUCCCGUAACUUCGAGGCAGUACAUGUUGCGUUUCCGGAAGAUGAGAAUGCUGUGGGUAUAGACGUGGAAGAUGAGCAAGGUAACAAGCUCGUUUGGAAAGACGGGAAGCCGCACAUCAUGUUGGCUGUCAUUGAAGCUGAAGACAAGACUACUGUCAAGGAGACAAAUGAGCAACCGGCAAAGCCUUCAGAUGAGCUUCAGGCUGCGCCAACGAAGACGACAUAUCAACCAGCAGGCGGCUUUGGUUUCGAUUACUCAGAUGAUGAAGACGAUACACUCGUUCAGACUGAAGAGGAAAGUAAGGCUAUUGCGGUCAAGAGCAACGACAUAUCCUCAGACCCGUCUCCCUACCUAUGCAUACCCUCCUCCCCACCCGUAUCGGCCGCAGACUCUUCCGAACAGACGCGAGAACGAAAGCGCGGAAGCAAGUCAACCCAACAGUGGCUCCUCCUCACCAUCGUCUCGUAA